GCAAAUUUUGCGCGUGUGUUUACUGUUUUCUCCGUGGCGUAUCCCACGAUCGAGAGCCUUCUCUCUCUUCGCUCCCGCGAUUGCCCCUCGGCAGUCGCCCGCGCAAUCCUCUGCGUGUACACCGCGGGAAAACGAAGAAAGAAAAAAAACAAUGUCAGGAUACCGCAAGGUAAACUACUACGAACUCUGCAGGUUGUGCACCAGCAGCGAGGGCACGAAAAUAAAUAUAUUCCGCGACGAGGGACGUAGACGACAGCUGCAAACGAAGAUACAGACGUAUCUGCAAGUACAGGUGGUGGAAGAAGAUUCAUUGCCAAAAAUUGUAUGUCACGAGUGUCUGAAGAAGCUGGAAAACUUCGUAGAAUUCAGGGAAGCUGUGGUCACAGCAGAGGGUAUGCUUGAAUCCUAUUUCACCUCGCUCCGUUUUUCGGAAGACUUUCUGAAAGAGGGAAAAGUUUAUGUGAAGAAUAUCGAAAAGGAGAGAUCGUCUACACCGGACGAUGAAGUUUUAAUAAAGUCAAUAGAAAAGGUGUCGUCACCAUCUGGAGGCCAAGUAAUAAGCAAUGAUCAACAAUUGCAGCAUCAACAACCAGUUGUAGUUGGCAAUUUAAACGCUUCUAACAUACAAAUCAUCAGUGGAGUUCAAGCUAGAGUACAGCAGUACAAAUGCGCUAUGCAGAUGCAACCGGGUGGUAUGGCGGCAGCUGUUGUUGAGGCCACAGCAGAGACUCAUUACAGUUACCAGCAGCAAACAUCCCAAGUGUCGUCGCAACAAUCAAACGAAGCACAAAAUCAAAUCGCCGAUCAACAGAAUCAAUCUCCCGCGAUUCAGCAACAAGUGCAGAACCAGAUGCAGAAUCACAGUCAAAUAAAUCAGCAAGUACAGUCACAAAGGCCAAUUUCUCAACAAUUAAAUCAGUCGGACCAGUUAUCGCAGCAAAAUCAAAGUCAGGUCAAUCAACAGGUGCAAGGACAGCCACAGAUAUCGCAGCAGCUUCAACAAUUGCAGAGACAGCAACGUGAAUUGCAGCAGAGGCAGUUGCAGCAACUCGAUAAGCAGCAAGUACAAAUUAUAACGCAACAAGAGUUCUCGGUAAAGCAGGAGUCACCGAUUGUGCAUCAAAACAACAACGUGGUUCUUAAAACCGAGGCGGAUAUGGAACAGAAUCAGCAAAUUAUACAAAAGAUACAAACGGAAACCGAGAAAGACGAAUCUCCUAGUUCAGGCGUGCAGACUUUCACGACGGUGCAGGCAACACCGGAAGUAUUUCUGAAUUUGGGUUUCAAGGACAGCCCAUUGACUGCGACAGUUCGAGAUGAAGCGAAAGAGUUCAAAGAAUUCGCGAAAACGCACUCCGAGGACGGAAUGUCUCGUAACUCGAUCGAACAGAUCAGGGAAUUUCUGAGGAUCAGAUCGGGAACGGAACCGACAUCUCUGAUAACUGUGACUCCUCAGGCACUCACGCAGACCACGAGAAACAACAUCUGUCGCGAUUGCGGCAAAAAUUUUCCGACUUUACAUCAAAUGAACAAUCACGGUUGUAACGUCGACACGCUCAUAAGCGAGACAACGGAUAAUGGGAGUAAAACCGAUUCUCUGCAAAAUAACGUCAACAAUUUCAGUUGUGACAUUUGCAAUAAACCGUUCAAACGGAAAGAACAUCUUUUGCAGCAUCGCAAACUUCACACCGGUGAGCGGCCGUACGUGUGCACCACGUGCGGCAAGGCGUUCAGCCGUAAGGAACAUUUAGUUAGACACUCGGUGUCGCACACCGGACAGAAGGUACACGAAUGUGAAUUGUGUGGUAAAAGUUUUUCGCGCAAAGACAAUCUCCACAAGCAUCGAAAGACGCACGGCGUGUCCGGUCCGUUUAUAUGCGAGACUUGCGGGAAGUCGUUUGUUGUGAAACAUUAUUACGUGAUGCAUCUGACCACUCACACGAACAACUGUACGGAACCGCUGCCGUAUAAGUGCGACAUAUGCGACAAAGCGUUCUCCGUGAAACAGUACCUUACUAGCCAUAAAAUUAGACACAGAUCAAAAAAUAACAAUUCCGCGCAGAAUAAUCUGAACGGGCAGCAACAGUCGCAGCAGGAGCAGGAAGCCGCGAGUAACGUGGUUACGAGUCAGGACGGUGGGAGUUUGAAUAACAAUAACGGACAAUCCAGCAAUGAGUCGACGGUCGAAAUACAGAGCGUCAUUGAACGGAAUGAACAAGCCAACGGGUCAUUUGCCAAUAGUCACUAUCACGCAAACAUACAAGAAUAUCAAUGAGAUAAGGGGAAGCGUGUCUAUUAUGUUCUCUUGCCGAACGGUAACAAUCAUAAGAUCGUGGUUGUGUAAGCAAGGGAAACCUUACGACGCGCCAAACUAUUUUCUUAUAUGGUUUUGCUCUUGAUCGCGAACAGUUUUUAUACUUUUUAAUAUUACAGGAAUGAGAAUCAAAGUGAUUAAUUCCAGCAAAUUAACAUAUUUUGAUGUAUACAGUUGGACAAAGAUACACAGUAGAUCUGUUGAAUGAUUUAAGAACUCGCUGGACACGACGAUGUAAAUAUAUUUUGUCAGCAAGAUACUUUUAGAUAUCUAAAAAAAAAGUGCAUGCUGUAGUUUUUCGGAAUAAAUUCUCACUUGUAUCCGCGACAUUUGAGAAAUAAAAUGUGGUAAGUGCCGCUGAACUUACGUGUGAGUGGUCUGUCACUAAAGUAGUGAAAUUAUUUCGCUUGUUUGAAAUGUGAUGUGUGUUAAUUUUUAAGAAUAUAAAAACCACAAUAAUUCGAAUGUUGAAAAAUCUUGUUUCUCAUGUGAACAAGAGUGAAAACAACGUGUGAUCAAAACAAAAUAAAGGAAUUGAGUAACAAUUGGUAGGAAAUAUGUGAAAAAGAGAAAAAAAGGUACAAAAUUCUACCGUAUCAAUUUAAUUGAUAAUUGUGCAAGAUUAUAGGUCUAUACUUUUGAUACCGAGUGUGACUUUAAUAUAUUGUUAAUUUUAUCGAUAUCAUUUAUAUAUAAUAUUUAAAACCACGUGAUUAAUUAUAUGAUGUUGAUGUUUU